CAUCGCUUCCUUUCAUCUGAUAGCCCCCCUUGCAAACCCGUAGCCCUUUGAACUUCUCCCAUCAUGAAAGAGAAACCUUCCCAAAAGUUAAGCUACAAAUCCUUCGAUGUGGCAUUUCUGGAUGCCCGGCGGCUGGUGGAUGAAGUUGCCAUCGAGAGCGCUCUCAGCGUCCUUGAGGGCCACCUCUUCAAUCCAGCUGCCAGCAUUGAAAGUAUGCUGCGCGACCUGACUGCGGUUCCAAACCUUUUUGAGUUUGCGAUAUCCUCGUUGGGAGAAUCAGCCGCGUCCAAGCUUUUCACAAGGAUCGUCGAGAAUUUCCCAGUGGGUGUGGAAGGGGUCGCCGCAUCGCCGCAUCGACACAUCUUGGAACGAUGGUCGCAUUCUCUGCGUGCUCAUUCCCAUUUACUGAGCGCGAAAGACAUCCGGAGUCUGCAGGACCAUUGCGCCACGCUGGAGCGUUCUCUCAAAAUAUUAGAUGUCCUUGCUUCCUCUCUGCGUGCUCUGCCGGGAGAUAAUUCGGAUGUCGUCGUGGCUGGUUCUGGAACAUCCGAGAGGUCGCGUAACCACACAUACUUCGUUGAGCUGGCCAUAUCUAUUCCAUGUAGCAUUGAAGAGGCCGAGGAAGUAGUUGCGUUUUUACUGGAGAAGCUAAAGUCUAUCCUCCAGUAUUUCCUGACUAUGAUUCGCCACCCGCAACUCUCUGAGACUUUCAGAAGCGCAUAUAUUCCAGUGAAUUAUCAAGUGCAGCGAGUCUCGCCAAACAUCCGGCGCGUCAAUUAUCACAUUCAUUUCGACGGCGCAAAUGGAUUUGGCCCUUGGAGGCUACUGCUAUCACCGCGUGCUGAGGGUCACAUGCGUACAGCCUACAAUAAAGUGCCAACCCUUUUUGAGAUCAUAGUCACGAAGUUUCGAACCUUGUCAAAUGGUUACUUCACUCAUGACAACCACAAUCGCUUGAGCGGAACGGAGGAAGGCGUUCCAAUUUAUGAAGGCAGGGUCAACGGCAAGCUGUGCUACGUUUAUCAAAUUGACUGUGAGCCUGCUUCCGUAGAGGAUGCGAUGGAGCUGCAGGAGGAAGAGCAAGUACUUAAGAUCCACGGAAUCUUCACCCACAGUAAAAUGAAGUGGCACAUCUGGAAGAGGCUAAGCCGACAACUUGCUCGGUCUAGCCCAGAAUACGUACAGAGAUGCGUGUUACUUUCCGAUGGAGCAGGGAAGAAGGACGUGAUCCAUCCGAAGAAGUUUAAUUCCAUUUCGCAGCAUCCAGUGAUGGAGCCUCCAUCCGUACCAGUGCAGCCAGACCUUCAAGAGGAUUUUGAUCUCUGGCAAUCGGUCAUUUUCCAGAAGAAUUAUACCGAUUUAUCUAAAUGCUUCCUGGCCAGCAUUCUUGAGGACCCACAAAUCACCCCGCAAUUUGAUCCUACUGACGAACAGAAGGAAAUUAUGGUACAUCCAUCCUCUUGCUAUAUCCUUGGAAGGAGCGGAACAGGGAAAACGACCGUUAUCCUGUUCAAAAUGCUAUGGAUUGAACGAUCGUGGAUGGAGGAUUCUGGAAUAUCGGUGACACCUCGCCAAUUAUUCAUUACACGAUCGCGUGAUCUGGCCGUCGAAGUUGAAAAGACUUUUUUCCGUCUCUACGAGUCUAAAUUCGCUGUCGACGACCCUUUAGAUAAGCUAUCAGUAAGAGCGGGGAAUUGGCGGCAGCAGGUUUCCAGAUUUCGUCUUGUCGACUUGGAUGAAGAAGCAAAAGAAGACGGUGAACUUCCUCAGCGCUUCACGGAUCUGAAGGAAGAGCAUUUCCCCCUUUUCCUCUCAUCUGACGAGCUAUGGCGCAUGCUGGAGGCUGAUCUGCAGAUUUCCUCAACGAAAAAGUUGAUUUCGUACGACGUGUUUCUCAACGAGUACUGGCGCCAUUUUUCAGUCUCACUCACCAGAGGACUGGAUCCAGCUUUGGUGUUCAACGAAAUCAUCGGAGUGAUCGAGGGCUCAGAAGGGACCCUGCACAGCCGAAAUGCAUUUUUAGAUGAAAAGACAUACACCGACAUCAGUAGACGUGCAGCCAGAACUUUCUCCGACCAAAGAAAAACGAUCUAUGAUAUAUUCGUUGCAUAUCUCAAGCGCAAGCGCGAGCGUGGAGAGCAAGACCCAGCAAAUAGGUUUGGCGGGCACUUGCGACAACAUGGCCUUCCUGGCGUGAAACUGGAUUACAUCUAUGCUGAUGAAGCACAGGACAAUCUGUUGAUUGACGCUCUUGUAUUGCGAAAUCUGUGCAGAAAUCCGAUUGAUGGCCUAGUUUGGGCGGGUGAUACGGCCCAAACGAUCGCGGACGGGAAUUCGUUCAGGUUCGAGGAUUUGAAGGCUUUUCUAUACCGCGUGGAGAAUUCCGACCCUUCACCCUCCCGUCCGCAUGUAGAGCCCCACUUUUUCCCACUCGCGCUGAAUAACCGCUCCCAUUCGGGAAUCGUUGAUUGUGCUCAUGCGAUAAUCAAACUGAUCACUAGAUUCUGGCCCGACUCGAUUGACCGCUUACCGGACGAAAAAGGCAAAGAUGAUGGGCCUAAACCAGUAUUUGUGCGCGAGUGGAAACCUCAUGCACCUCCUUCUGAGGGCAAUGAAUUUGAUCGUACUCUACUCGGCGCAGAUCAAUGUAUAUUGGUGCGCAACGACGCCGUGCGUAAGCAACUACGGGCACGAACAUCUACGGAUGUUGGCCGAAUUCUUAUAUUGCAGGAGUGCAAAGGUCUCGAAUUCAACGACGUCUUCUUAUAUCAUUUCUUCGAAGACUCUAUGGUGGGCCUCACGGAAUGGCGAGCUCUUCAAGCGUCGGCAGAGUCUGAGGAUAAUGCUCUCAGGCAUGCGGUUUUGACGCGCAGUCUCUGCCGUGAACUCAAGUUUCUCUAUGUGGCAAUCACGAGGGCGCGAUGCAACGUCUGGAUAGUGGAUGACUCUGAGAGGGCUGCUCCUAUGAGGGACUUUUGGCUCUCUCGGGGUCUCAUACAAGAUGAUAUUAUGGGUGGUGAUGUGCCAAAACCGCCUCAAGAAGAUGCAGCAAUAUAUAUCAAGUUUGCCCAAUCGCUCUUCCGUAGGAAAUUAUACGGCCUUGCUAUGGACGAUUACAUGCGAGGCAAACGGCCAAGAGAGCAGAGAAUCGCUCAUGCAUACUCCCUUCGAGAGGACGCGCGAGCCAUGGCCGCGGAUCAAUUGCAAGCAUUCCGAUUGGCGGCUCAUGCAUUCCAGAACUGCGCAAGGGAAGCUGAAGAUACGAAUCCAGACAAAUAUAUAUACUUCAGGAUCUCAGCAGAAUGUUUUCUUCGUGGCGGUGACGUGGGUUCUGCUGCUCGUCAGUACCUAGAAGCACGGAAAUAUACCCGCUCUGCUCAGCUGUACCGGGAGGCGGGCAUGUUCGACGAGGCCAUGUACGUUGUACGAAAGCACCGGUCGCACAUUCAACAAGAAGCGGCAGAAGGCAUCGUUGAUGUUGCUCGGAUGUUUUAUCUCGGAAACGGCGACAUCAGGAAAGCAAGGAAGUUGUUCAACACUAACCGCGAAGCCGUCGAUUACUUGGAACAACAUGGGUCAAGUCUUGUCAGCGCCGUAAACAUCACGAAGGCUAUGGUUCUCGAGGAGACAGGCGAUGUCGAACAAGCGGUCAACGUGUACUUUGAAGAGGGACAUACGAUCACAGCGAUUCAACGUAUCACUGCAAAUAGUCGCAACCUGCAGUGGGCAGCUGAGUCAUUACUUCGUUACUUAUGGCAGAACCUCUCCCUCGGACUGGAUGUUCAUUCUGCUUCCACCGUCCCGAAGACUGCCGUCGACGCCCUGCUUCUUUUACUUUGCCAGAAAAAUGUGCAUUGUCUACGCGAGGCUACUUAUCAAGAGAUGCUUGCCUUCCGCGGCAUACUGCUCAACGACGAUAAAGCGCUCAUACAACUCGCUAGCAACCCUUCUAUGCUCAAGCAUAAUGCCGCUGCCGCUCUGUUAUGUCUUGACUAUGUUUUCUCGAAGCCUUUUGAGCUGAGCAAGUGCUCAACAGCCUCCAUUACAAGCAAGCUCCGCGCCUUUCUUCGCUACGUGACGAGCUUGCGCUCCUUUGCAUUCUGUAAAGAUAUUUCCGACGACAGCAACGUUCGGCGACUGCUUCAGUUCGAGCCUACAUCUGACGGUUCGUAUCUCGUGCGACCUAACACGCUUCUACAUGGUCAUUGCAAGAGCACUGCGGAAUCUGUGGGCCGCUCGUGGAAGGGAAAUUACCUGCUCAUACGUGGACAUCGCAUGAACAGCCUGUUGAAGCAGGCGCUGUCUAACCAUCUCAUCAGCAGGGUCACGAACGAGAAUCAGGAUGCGCAUGGUGCACUGAUUCAUCAUGAUAAUGUGCCGUGCAUGAUUGGUGGACAUCAUGCAUGUCAGCAUCCGACUUGCUGCGAAUGCGGGGCUGCAUACGGCCUUCCUGUCCUCAUUCAUCUUCAGCAAAUCCUCAUCUAUCAUAGCACUCGUGGACUUCUUGGAGCGGCUUUGGACGAGAAACGUUAUUGGCUGAAUCGGCUGUAUUUCGUUCUCCGUCCUGCAAUCGCACACUCCGACAUUCUUGACAUUGCGCGUGAUGCCAUGGCACCAGAAUUCGAGGACGCUUUCGCCGUCGUGAAAUGUUGGGUUCAGCACGUUCUCCUUCAAAAAUGGUCUCCGAAGACGUCUGAGCUUUUCCUUUCGGGCUUUUCGCCGAUGGCUCUUGCACUCAAUGGCUCAAUUGUCCUCCACGUAUCGCGUAACAUGGUUCCUAUUGGCAGAUUCAUCCGACCCGCUGAUGGCAUAAAUGUCGUCCAUUGCCUCACAAGCUUCCUCACAAAUGGCAGAAGCUUCUCAUUGGUAGAUGGUGUCUUUUUCGUGAGCCACAUUCUAGAGCACAGAAUUCCCAUUGACAUAUGCCUUCUGUGCGAUUUAUUGGACAAUCUCUGCGGAGCACUUGUAGUCGAGAGACAAUAUCAAGAGCAAUCAAGCCUCCACAAUGUCGUUCUUCCCAUGAGCUGGCUUAUUCGGGCGGUCAUGUGGCAUCGGCGCACCAGAAACACGGUCACAAAUGUGCUGCCGAUCUACUUUGAGCCACUGGAACAGUUACUCGAGCAGAUAUACUCCGGACUUCAAGAUAACAAUCUUCGGUACAAUGGAGAGAGCUUGCGGCAGGCUGCGGGCGACUCGAUAGAACUUCGACAUACGUUUAUUGCUCGAAUCUGCGCGAACCUUCACUUUCUUGGAGAAAAUCUUCAAUAUGAAUGGCUUCAGGAGGAUCUGUUGUCGACAAUGAGGUCGAUUCGGAAGCCGAAGCGGUUGUACCACGCAUCAUACAAGCAAUACGUCACCGCUGCAACUUGGAAGAUGCUUCGAAUGGAUCAGCAAUCUGCUUGCCGUCGCAAUGGGAUCGUUCAGCUUUGCGAGAAAGGCCGGCAACCUCGAGAGCACAUGACGAUUGUAAACGUCCGAACGAUUGAGUUUACUAACCUCGAUGAGCUCCCGGCCUUGUUAGGCAUGGAAACAUCGUCUCCAACAAGAACCGAUACCUCCACACAAUCUGCAGAGCCCAUCUCUACCGCAACGAUCGCGCCGCCAAUCGCGAUGCGCGCGGCCUAUAAGAAGAAAUCGCGAGCAGCCCAGAUUAUCUUGCGUGCGUAUCGUCGAUAUCACCUUCGGCGUCGAGGGGUACCAAGCCAUCGGCAUAUCAUGAGGGUACAUUUCUUCAAAGAGUUUCAAGGACAAGUGCCCGCGAUGCGCUGGGCACGUUCACGGUAUCGCCUACUCUAUCUUGGCGCAGUACCACACCUGCUCGUCUGCCUGGAGUACAUGGCUCGGCACCUGCGCCCCCUUGUGGCGACCAAGUUGCGGUGGGUGACACGGGUGGACCACAUCAAGCUUGAAGAGGCACUCCGUGACUUACGCGAGACAACGUGCGUAGUAUUCGUCAGCGAUUCAUUUGUUUGUCAAUGCAUGUGACACGCUUCGUCCAGUGAACCGUAUGGAAAGGUGACACACCUGCAAGACAUUUUGGGGGCGAAGUCAGAAUUCCAUGUAAGGCG